GUAAAGGACCAACGGUUUUCUAACCGCCAACAAACAUCAAAAGAAGAAGAAAUCAUAACCAAACAACAUGGCGGCGUCCACAGAACACGUUGGAGCCGCAUCCACAGAGACAGAUCCCCCAGAAAUGGACAAACAAGAAGCUCCAGAAACAGCCAGAGACCCCGAGACCUCGGACCCGGACCCGGAGGACUCGGAUGAGGACCCGGAGCCGGCCGCUGAGGGCCCGGACCCGGAUGAGGACUCGGACGGAGGCGAGCCGCCCGCGCCGGUGGUCCGAGACACCCCGCAGGACAUCCGCCUCGAGGCUAUCGCCAACACGGUGGCCCUGCACCCGAGCAGGGACGUGCUCGUGUGCGGCGACGUGGACGGGGACGUGUACGCGUACGCGUACUCGUGCACGGAGGGGGAGAACCGCGAGCUGUGGUCCUCCGGGCACCACAUGAAGUCGUGCCGCCAGGUCCGCUUCUCCGCCGACGGGCUCAAGCUGUUCAGCGUCUCGCGGGACAAGGCCGUGCACGUGCUGGACGCGGAGCGCGGGCAGCUCGUGACCAGGAUCCGCGGGGCGCACGAGGCUCCCAUCUACAGUCUGCUGCUGGUGGACGAGAACAUCCUGGCCACCGGGGACGACGCGGGAACCGUCAAGGUUUGGGACAUGAGGAAGGGAACCUCCAUCAUGGAUGUGAAACAACACGAGGAUUACAUCAGUGGCAUCGCUGUGGACCAGGCCAAGAGGAUCCUCCUCACCUCCAGCGGCGACGGCACGAUGGGCGUGUUCAACAUCAAGCGGCGGCGGUUCGAGCUGCGGUCGGAGUGCCAGGCGGGCGACCUGACGAGCGUGGCGGUGAUGAAGCGCGGCAGGAAGGCGGUGUGCGGCUCCAGCGAGGGAUCGGUCUACGUCUUCAACUGGGAGGGCUUCGGGGCCGCCAGCGACCGCUUCGCCCUCCGGGCCGAGUCCGUGGAGUGCAUCCUGCCGGUCACCGACAGCAUCAUGUGCACCGGCUCCAUGGACGGGUACAUACGAGCGGUCAACCUCCUGCCCAACCGGGUCAUCGGCUGCGUCGGGCAGCACGUCGGCGAGCCAAUCGAAGAGCUCGCCAAGUCCUGGGACGGCCGCUUCCUGGCCAGCACCGCCCACGACCAGCUCCUCAAGUUCUGGGACAUCUCCGGCUUACCCGGCACCACCGUCACCGAGUACCGCAAGAGGAAGAAGAAGGACGGGCGCAUGAAGUCUCUCACCAAGAAGGCCCACGGAGACAACGACUUCUUCUCGGGACUCGUGGAGGACACGGAGAAGAAGGAGGAGGAGGAGGAGGAGGAAGGGGAGGACAGUGACAGUGGCAGCGAUUAGAAAGCAGUUGUUUUUCAUGCAAAAAUGCCAGAAAAUGCUGUUUUUUUCAGCCUCUCAAAUUAACAUUUUAUGUAUAUACACCAGACGAUUAAUCGAAAAGAAGAAGAAGAAGAAGAAGAAGAAGAAGAAGAAGAAGAAGAAGAAGAAGAAGAAGAAGAAAAGGAGGAGGAGGAAGAAGAAGAAGAAGGGGAUGAUAGUGGCAGCGAUUAGAAAGCAGUUGUUUUUUUGGGGGGGGUUGUGAAACGUGAACCAACUAGAGCUGCGAUGAUUAGUCGACUAAUCGAAAAAUGUCAGAAAAUGCUGUUUUUUCAGCCACUCAAAUUUUUGAUUUUUGGACAAAAACGAGACCUUUUUUAAGCCAUCUCCUUUGGACUUUGAGAAACUGGGAUGGACAUUUUUCACUAUUUUCUGACAUUUUAUGUAUAUACACCUAACAAAUAAGCGAUUCGAUUAGUCGAUCGACAGAAAAAUAAUCGCCAAAAGUCUAUUUAUUAAAAGUCAUUUUUCAUGCAAAAAUGUCAGAAAAUGCUAUGAUUUUUGGACAAAAACGAGACUUUGAGAAACUGGGAUGGGACAUUUUUCACUAUUUCACUACAUUUCUGUUUAUUAAAAGUCAAUUUUCAUGCAAAAUUACAAGAAAAUGCUGUUUUUCAGCCUCUCAAAUUUACAUUUUAUGUAUAUACACCAGACGAUUAAUCGAAAAGAAGAAGAAGAAGAAGAAGAAGGAGGAGGAGGACGAGGAGGAAGAAGGGGAUGAUAGUGGAAGCAAUUAGAAAGCAGUUGUUUUUUGGGGGGGGUUGUGAAACGUGAACCAACUAGAGCUGCGAUGAUUAGUCGACUAAUCGAUUAGUCGAUCGACAGAAAAAUAAUCGCCAAAAGUCUAUUUAUUAAAAGUCAUUUUUCAUGCAAAAAUGUCAGAAAUUGCUGUUUUUUCAGCCACUCAAAUUUUCGAUUUUUGGACAAAAACGAGACUUUGAGAAACUGGGAUGGGACAUUUUUCACUAUUUCACUACAUUUCUGUUUAUUAAAAGUCAUUUUUCAUGCAAAAAUGCCAGAAAAUGCUGUUUUUCAGCCUCUCAAAUUUACAUUUUAUGUAUAUACACCAGACGAUUAAUCGAAAAGAAGGAGGAGGAAGA